UACAACGUCGCACAGGAAAUCCCGAAUAAUAUUAUUUAAGUCGCGGUCAACACGAGAUAACAUAAACUUUGCUAUAUUAAAGUAUAUUAUUAUAUUAAAUUCACACUAAGUUGCUAACUAGUCUCAAGUAAACAUGGUUGAAAUACACUAUCCUCUUGCUGUGUUUUUUAUCUGUUAUCUGAUGGCAAUGGUAACGGUUGGAGAUAAACUACCGCCGCCCUUGGUCAGUCAAAGUUGUAAAAAAAUUGGAAUUUGUGAAACAGUCGCUAACUAUCCAACUUUAUUAGCAAGGAAACUAAUUCAAGAACUUAAGAACAACAAUACCAUAUUUACUAGUGACAAUGAAGACGACAUCAGCGAACUUAAUAACUAUCAAUUACGCCGUGCAUACAAUACGAAGAUUUAUCAAAGUGGUACAUUUUCGAAAUGGUUGGACACUCCCAGAACAGAGUUUAGAAUUUCAGAUCUUGAUGAAGAUUAUUUUGAUGAAAGCGAUGACGAAAUAAAACUUUGUGAAUCCAUUGUUCAGUAUAAACGUCCUCUACUUGCUGAAAAUAGAAACAAUACGUGGGAAUACAUAUUAAAUGACAAAGUCCAUCCAGUUCAACAAUAUCGUACUGUAAUUUGCAAGACUUCAAAUUCAAGGUGCUCUCAGAAACUUAGACCAGCACCAAACUACGAAGCUACAUGCAUACAAAAGUGGACCUUUAAAGAAAUGUAUUAUAUUGAUAAAGAACAACAGGUUGCAAAAGCCUAUUUUAAAGUUCCGACAUGUUGCUCUUGUAAAUUAUUUCAUUUGAAUUAAUAUUAAUAUAAUU